AACAUGCACAAAACGACAAUGAUCCAACGAAGACAGCAACAAGGAGGGAGGUAUAAAUACACAAGGGAAUCAGGAACACAUGGGCAGAGUAAUGAGGGACAGGUGAGAACAAUAAGGCUAAUCAAGGCAGGAGAGACACAGUCAGGGAGGCCGGGGUGGAUCAUGACAGAUACCAGAAAUGGGUGUGUGAUUUAAUAAGACGUGUGGAUAAUGAGUGGAUUUAUUGACUACUGGUCUCAUCAUGGCAUUUUAUGGCUGGAGGAACAUGACCAGUUUGCUCGGAGUGCUUCACACUCAAAGUAAUGAUGGAACAGACGCGUCUUCACCAAGGACUGGGUCCAGGAAGCAAGCAGAAGAUUUCCUUUCUAAUAAAGCCUAUUUAUUGCUUCCAGUGGUACUUUAGUUCAGAAUGUAUUUGAGGACAGGUGGAGUCUGAACAAUCUGUUUGUAGGGAAGCCAGUCGAAACAGAGGAAAUAGAUAAUGUAAGAUGUAGAGAAAGCAAAUAUAUAAUCACACUUUUGUUCAGUGGAGGCUGUGGAUGGUAGAGAUUGGAGUUUAACAAGAUAGUUAGCUAAUCUAACAGUUAGCUUCUACUAGCCGAGAUAUUCUCUGCUGUUUCCUAGAUGCUAAACCAACAGCAGCUUUCCGCGUUGCAGGUCAUGAUGGGUGAGUCCAUGAAUGUUAGUGACAGUGUUACAGAGAUCUGUCAGGUUUUUCAAAUCCUAGAGUUUCACUGUCUAAUUUUUAUCAGUGAGAGGCCUCCUUUAACCGGGGAAGCAAACAAUGUGUGUUUCAUCAACAUAUUCUCACACCCGAAGCGUCCAAACAUGAUGUUGAGGGACCAAGCUUUUGUUUUCGAUGCAUUAGGAGCAUCAGGAGGCGUCGGUUUCCGACACCUGCGAUAAUAUUUCACUGAUAUUUAACCUCUAACCUCUUGAUAUUUAACCUUCCCCUGACCCCCAAACUAACCAUGACCUUGUUUCUCAUUCUAAACUUCCUGUUAACAAUGUUUGAGAGGGAUGUUACAACUAGAAACUAAGUUUUGCAUGCACAAGUGGGUUAAGCUUAGGAUGGGGGAGAGGGGAAGAUUAAAUAGCUAAAGGGUAACGGUCAGAAUUCUGUGACAUCUCCAUUUUGUCGUGGAAUUUGGAAAGUGACGCUCUGGCACAGCUCCCAAAACAAACGCUUGGUCACCCGUCAUCAGUUUUUGACACUUUGAGUGUGAGAAUGUGUUGGUUUCAUGGGGGAUUUCACAUCAACAAGGCUACUGUGGGUGAGGUAUUAGUUCACUGCUUCAUCAGCUUUAGGAAAGAUAGGUUGAGAAAAGGUUGGAGUUCUGCUCCAAUCAUAUGAGGAUUUGGAUAUUUCUAAAAGAAAUACUUAGCAUUUAGACCUAAUGAGACCAGAUGAAAAUAAUACACAUUCAUGGGAACCACUUUAUGAGAGGACACAACCAGAUCAUAAACAAGCUGAGGAGUGGAGCAGAGUUUGUGAUGAGCAGAUCUAUAGUGUACUCCUUGUUGUAUGUAUAGCUACUGAAAAGCUGCUUUAAAUGGAAAAAGUCCAAUAACUCAGGGAAUUUAGCUGCACUGUGAUGAGAGCGUGUGGGAAUAUGAAUGUUCAUGUCUCCCAGUAUUAGGAUAUUUGCAUGGGGUCGCAGAUGGUUGUAUAUCUGACGAAUCAGCGUUGUUGUUGAGGGUGAAGAUUCUUCUUCCUGAAGGAAAAUGAUGGAAAACAUUAAAUCAUUUUUGACAAAAGCCUUUUUGCCUUUUAUUCUACUGUGCUUCAUUUUUAAUCAUUUGAAGAAAAAAAAUUAUAUUUCUGUGUUAAACGUUUGGAUUGUUUCUUUUUUAUUGCUUCCUCAUCAAAUCAGUGGUAUUUGUUACAGUGAUUUAGACAUUUAAAUGAGACAUCAGAUUAAAUUAUCACACAAAAAAUCUAUGCCAAAAGAGGCAUACAUAUUCUAUGAUAAUGUGAUUUCAAGCAAAUCUACAAAUGUAUCAGGGGAGAUGGCUUGUUUAAACUCACCAUGUAAAACUAUCUGGUUUUGGCUGGACUGGACCAUGAACUCAAGAACCAAAGAUGUUUAAAAGAAGUAAAAAGCGUGCUACAUCUUCAUUUAUGCUAUUGUGUCUGUUAUUUGUGGUGAUCCAUUGCAGCCUAGGCAUUUCUCUGAAAGUUUACCUGCACAGUUGUGCCCUUGAUUUGUCUGAAGUCUCAUCUGUUGAUGAAAAAAAAGUCCGACUGCAUAGCUGUGUUCUUCAUCAGUAGAAAUGAUUUCAUCUGUCAAUAGAAAUUAAGACAUUAAACAGAAGGAACACAUGCUCUGAUAUAACAAGUAAUUAACAUUUUACAUUUUUUUCAUAUUAUCUGUGCUCUUUCUGAUAAAAUAAAAGGAGGACACAAAACACAGAGACUCCUUUGCAAUUGUUGCCCACCACUACUCAUGGUCUAUACUAUAUCUUAUGUGUGUCUUUUCUAAUAAUGAUCCAUUUAUUUGUGUUAUUGUUUCAUUAAGAAUGAGAAAGGAAGCCCUGCGCAGAUUGAUGUGAGCUAUACCUUUGAUAAUGUUUUCUGUAAAAAUAAACGUUUUGGGAUCCGAUAUAUUUUAAAACAAUUAACAAUACAUUAUUUUUAAUUAGCAAUUCUGUCACAUGAGAAUAACACUGCAUUUGAACUAAUUAAAGAGGGUUUUCAUAAUGACAUAAAACAUAUUAAGCUUCAGCACUAAAAUUGUUGCUGAAGAGUUUGAUCAUUUCUAUGCAGUGGCUAUAUUUUAUUUCUACUCAAGGUGUCAGUAUAGACCAGAUAAGCGUGUAACAUUGACCGUGUUUGUCUUACAUCCUCCAUUACUGGGAUUGGUCGGUGUGUGUUCUGUGCUAUUUAAGACUGGUGGUCACAGCGGAGAGAAAAUCAUAGAUUUGUGAGGAAAUUAUUUUACGGGUAAAAACGUAGUUUUGUCGCUUGUGGCAUUAAGCUGCGCAACGAUGGCAUUUAGUCUGCGAAUCGUAUUAAUCUGCGGAUUCUUUGUUUUCUUUGUGCUGCACUGCGCUCACGGAGACCUGACCUAUUCAGUCGAAGAGGAGCUGAAACACGGAUCUGUCAUUGGAAAUAUCGCAAAGGAUUUGGGACUGGAUUUCGGGAGACUGGCUGCGCGUAAAGCGCGUGUCGAAAUGGAAGGAACUGAGAAACAGUAUAUAACAAUCAACCAGAAAAAUGGGGAUGUGGUCGUUGUAGGGAGGAUAGACAGAGAGGAGCUUUGCGGGGAGAAGCCGACAUGUGUUCUCAAAUUCGAUCUGCUUUUAGAAAAUCCUCUGGAAUUACAAAGACUGUCUCUCCAGGUGCAGGAUAUAAACGAUAAUUCACCCGUUUUCCAAAAGGAUGUAAUGAAGCUGGAAAUCAGAGAAUCAGCCGAUAAAGGAGCGAGGUACCGUGUGAUUGCUGCUCAUGAUUCAGACAUAGGCCAGAACUCCGUUCAAAGCUACGUUUUGAAACAAAACGCGCACUUCGUGUUUAAUAUUCAGACAUCCAGCAGUGGCAGGAAAUAUGGAGAGCUGGUUUUGGAUAAAGAGUUAGACCGAGAAGAUCAGAACGAACUGAGACUGCUGCUCACAGCUGUAGAUGGAGGGUCUCCUCCUAAAUCUGGGACUGUAGUUAUUCACGUCACUGUGCUGGAUGCUAACGAUAAUGCUCCCGUUUUUACCGAGUCUGUUUAUUCAGCCAGGUUACCGGAAAACUCUCCAAUUAACACCCCAGUUGUUACAGUUAGUGCAACAGAUGCAGAUGACGGUGUUAAUGGAGAGGUCACGUAUGAAUUUAGCCAACUGUCUGAUAAAGCAGGGAAGCUUUUUUCUAUUGAUCAGAAAUCUGGAGUAAUCUUUGUAACAUGUGACGUAGAUUAUGAAGAAGGUCCUAGAUAUGAAGUUAUGAUUGAAGCUAAAGAUGGAUACGGACUAACCUCAGACGUUAAACUAAUCAUUGACAUAAUUGAUGUCAAUGACAACGCCCCACUGAUUAAUCUAAAGUCUCUGUCCAACCCGGUACCUGAGAACGCACCACCUGGUACAGAGGUGGGCAUCAUCAACGUGCAGGACAGAGACUCUGAGAAGAACCGACAGGUCCGCUGCUCCAUCCAGCAGAACGUUCCUUUUAAGUUGGUUCCUUCUAUUAAAAACUAUUAUUCUCUGGUGACCACAGGACAGCUGGACCGUGAACUAGUGUCUGAUUACAACAUUACAAUCAGUGCCACUGACGAGGGCUCUCCACCUCUGUCCUCCUCUACAACUGUUCAGUUAUCUGUAGCUGACAUCAACGACAACCCACCUGUGUUUGAGGAGCAGUCCUACAGCGCUUAUGUGAGUGAAAAUAACAAACCUGGCUCCACUUUAUGUUCCGUUAGUGCUCGAGACCCGGACUGGAGACAAAACGGUACCGUGAUUUAUUCUCUGUUACCUGCUGAGGUGAACGGCGCGUCGGUGUCCUCCUAUCUAUCAGUUAACGGAGACACGGGGGUGAUCCACGCUGUCAGGUCGUUUGAUUAUGAACAGCUGAGGAGUUUUAAAGUCCACGUGAUGGCCAGAGACAACGGUUCUCCUCCUCUCAGCAGCAACGUGACCGUGAGUGUGUUCGUAUCAGAUGUGAAUGACAACUCUCCUCAGAUACUGUACCCCGCCCCGGAGGGCAGCUCCUUCAUGACCGAGCUGGUCCCCAAAGCUGCACACGGAGGCUCUCUGGUGUCCAAAGUGAUAGCGGUGGACGCGGACUCUGGACAGAACGCCUGGCUGUCCUAUCAGAUAGUCAGAUCCACUGAUCCGGGACUUUUCACCAUCGGUGUGCACAGCGGAGAGAUCAGGACGCAGCGGGACAUUUCUGAAUCUGACAGCAUGAAACAGAACCUGAUUGUAGCAGUGAAAGAUAACGGACAGCCCUCUCUGUCUGCCACCUGUGCCAUGUAUUUACUGAUUUCUGAUAACUUGGCUGAGGUGCCAGAGCUGAAAGAUAUUUCUUAUGAUGACAAGAACUCCAAACUGACCUCGUAUCUGAUCAUUGCGCUGGUGUGUGUGUCCACCUUCUUCCUGACCUUCAUCAUCAUCAUCCUGGGUGUGAGGUUUUGUCGCAGGAGAAAGCCCAGACUGUUGUUUGAUGGAGCAGUGGCCAUUCCCGGAGCUUAUCUCCCUCCUAAUUACGCAGACGUUGAUGGAACAGGAACUUUACGCAGCUCCUACAACUAUGACGCCUACCUGACAACAGGAUCUAGAACCAGUGACUUUAAGUUUGUGUCAUCUUACAAUGACAACACGCUGCCUGCUGACCAGACUCUGAAGAAAAGUCCCUCUGAGUUUGCUGAUGUGUUUGGAAGUUGUGAUUCUUCCCCUGAGGUAGGCAAUUAACUCGAUUCAUAUUCCCAAAUGUAUCUUUGUUGCUCAGCAAACUUUCGUUUAUACUUUCAAAUUUGGUAGUCGUUUACAUUUUGUCUCGUUUCUAUUGAUUGAAAAUAUUUUUUACGCAUUUAUAUUUUGGAGAUGCAUCAGCUUUAUCCUCACCUAUUUUCUCAAUUUUUGUGUCAUAGGACAGCAUUUACUUUCCAUAAACCCCUAUUUAGAAAAUGUAUUCUAAACAAUAGAAAGGAAAUUACAAAACAAGUAGGAAUGAGAAACAAUCUAACUUUUCUGUGGUCUGUUUAGUUACUGUAAUAUGUGUGCCAUCUGCAGUUUUGGUCUUACGUCUCUGUCCUUGGUGCUGAACCUUUUAGUAGCUGCUAGCAUUUACAGCUCUCUUCUUUACUUAUUUGUUUGUUUAUUUAUUUAUGUCUUAUUUAAUUGAUGCUAAUAUUGAAUAUAUUCUGUAAAUGGCCUAAUCAAGUUUUAUGAUAUCUCUGGAGAGUUUGAUGCUUGAUACAAUUUAAUUGAUUUUUUGAAUAUUAUCUUAGGAACAGCUUUUAAUGCCAGUUAAUACCACAACUAAAUUAAAUAACAUGCAGAGGUGAUUUUUAUUUAAAUAGAAUGUUCAUGAUUAACCAUUUUAGCAUGGUACUUGAUCAGAAUUAAUUAAUUUUUUAUUGAAACAUAGUUUGUGGAAAGGUUAUUUAAAAUUAUUUAAGACACUCAAAUGGGGUUUUUAUUUCUUUUAAACAGACUUUAUUACACUGGGUUCGUUUAAGAUAAUUCUAUAAUUGGUUUUGAUUAAGUUGGUAGAUGUUAUUAUUCACCAAGAUACUUAAACUCUGAAACUUGGCUUGUGUUUUUAAUCAGUUAUUAUUUUGAUUUUUUCGUCCUACAUUUGAAUCAGUUAUUAACAUUUCUCUCUCUAAUUCAAUUAUUUUUAGGCAACAUUUAAUGUUGCAUCAUGAAUUAUUGUAGCUGAUACUUUCACCUAUACGUAUUCAAUUUUCAAUUUUCAAAUGUCUACCUUUAAUUUUGACAAAUAUUUUAUUCAGUCAAUUCUUAAAAUAUGAUUUGGGUUUCCACAGGCUGUCUGAAUUAUUACUAGGUCUUACUGUUAAUGAAAAGUCUAAUCUCCUUCCUUUUCUUAUUCAGAAAUGUUGUUAAAUAAAAGGCAUAACAUUCUGCCGGAUAUUCAAAGACAUUUACUGAACUCUGGAUUUAUGGUUAUUUUAUUUUGGUCACAAUUUCCGAGCUGCUUCUCAGCGGAAAUUAUUUCAUCCCAUCUUUGUCUUUCUGAUGCAGUUAUUUUUAUUAUUGUGCUGUGCCUUUUCUGCUCUCAUGGCGUCGCCAUCCGCCUUAUAACGUGAAGAUUUGUCUCCUCCACUCUUUGUUAAGACUG